AUGCUGCGUAUGGGGUUGGUGCAGUCUGUUACUUGGCCAAACUUCAAGAUGGCCCUCCCUACUGCUCUGCUGAACGAAAAGCGCAACUACAAUUAUCCUAAGGAACCUUUACUCGGCGAGGUGUUUACAGCGUGUGUUUUUGGUCAUUAUAUAUUGGCCCAUGAACUUCUUCCACUACUUAGUCGGCGAUCCGAAUCCGAAACACCCGGCCGUCUGGUCUGGUCCAGCAGCCUUGAGGCCGUCGACAGUGUUCUCGAUAUGUCCGAUUUCCAGUGCUUCAAUGGUAAAGGCCCGUACGAAUCCGCCAAGCGAGUCACCGACAUCCUUUCCCUUACUGCAACUCUUCCAGCCGCCGUGCCAUCUUCCAGCCGCUUCUUCACUCCCGACGACCCCAAUGAGGCCCACGAUAAACCCAUUGGACCGCGCAUGUAUCUCACCCAUCCGGGUAUUGUUGCCAGCACCUUAUUCCCAGUUCCCUGGUUUCUGAUGUGGGCAUAUGAACUUGCUCUUCUGAUCAGUCGCUGGAUUGGUUCACCCUGGCACAACACAGACAGCUAUACCGGUGCCAAAUCCCCUGUUUGGAUUGCGCUCCAAGAGCAAUCUGCGCUUGAUGAACUAGGUGCCGAGCGCGUCAAGUGGGGGAGCAGUUCCAACCGUCACAUGCAGGUCGAAGUUAAGAAGACAGAAGUUGAAGGCUGGGGUUGGGAGGGCAAAGUCGAGGAUGCGGCGGCGCUGGAAGCGGACACGGCUGUUGGUGUUUUCAAGAAGACCAUCGGGCGAAAGAGAGGCGCUAAAGACGUGACCAAGGAGGAUGUCGUGCGAUUCGAGGAACUGGGCGCCGAAUGCUGGGAAAGGAUGGAGAACAUGCGAUACGAGUGGGAGACCAUUCUUGGGGUUAGAAAAGCAUAG